UUUCUCUAUCAGAUUACCGUAAAAUGUGGAUUUAUCUUUCGGCUAUAGUGCUAGUACACUGCUCAGCGGGAAUCCACGGGCCACGGUUCACCAAGAGCCCAGCUAACCUCACCGUUACCCAGGGGAACAUGGCCCGUUUGGGCUGUGCAAUCGAGGGUCUAAGCGAACCGGAGAUCAUCUGGAUGAAGGAUGGGGAGAGGCUUUAUAGCACCGAUCAGAUGUACAUCACUCUGGAUACCCAUCACUGGGAGACUUUCCACAGUGUGAAAUCUGUCCAGCAGCACGAUGCGGGGAAAUACUGGUGUGAAGUGGAAUUUCGUGGCAUGACCAUUUCCUCCGGGUCUGCUUGGAUUACAGUAGAGGGCGUCCCCCAUUUUAUGCUCGAACCCCAAGACGUGGCCACGUUUCCGGGGGUGCCUUUUAACCUGACCUGUGCUGCUGUUGGACCUCCUGAUCCUGUGGAGGUGCUGUGGUGGCUGGGAGGAGCUCAGGAGGGUGAUUACAUGCCUUCUCCAUCUGUGCUCUACGUUCGAGGUGUGAAUGACAGUGUUAAAUUUUACUGUGAAGCUAAGAAUGCCAGAGGCAUCUCUGUAUCUCGCACUGGCACUGUACACAUUAAAGCUCUCCCGGAUGCUCCCAGGUUGGUUCAGGUAGACCAGGUGUUGGACAAUAACGUCACUCUGGUUUGGACACCGGGUUUCAAUGGACACUCUGACCUGUCCACCUGCACCAUUCAGAUGUUGAAGAAUUCUGGGAGGAAGUUGAAACUUCCUGACCAGCGUGUGACUGUUCCACCGUUCCAGCGCAGCAUCGGUGGACUUAGCAGUCACUCAAACUACAGUGUGAGAAUCUACUGCAACAAUGAAGUGGGUCCCUCCCCUUUCUCCUCGUGGGUGGACUUUCAGACUCCUGAGUCAGUGCCAUCUGCAGCACCUAAGAACUUCACCUUUGAGCUGACGGAGCAGCAGCUGUCUCUCCGGUGGGCGGCCCUGGAGGAGGAAGAGUUACACGGGCGCCUGCUUGCCUACAAAGUACAGUGGACCUUGGGAGGAGAGAGUCAGGAUGCCUUACUGUUUAAGGAGAACGUUGCCCAUCUCGCCGGAGGAGGCCGCUUCUUCAACGCCACAUUCCAGGUUUCGGCGUGCACUGUGGUUGGCUGCGGACCGUGGAGCCAACCUAUACUCGUAAUGCCUGCCUCAGCGGUGUCAGCUCAGACUCAGAGAGGCCACAUGUGGGUGGGCCUACUUCUGGGCCUUCUGGUGGCCACAAUGGUGGGCCUGCUGUUAACCGUUCUGGUCCAACGCAGGGGAAAGGAGACCCAGUUUGGAUCUGUUUUUAAGCCCCCAGGGAUGGAGAGCGCAGUUACCUUCACCGCAGCCAGGUCUUUCAACCGGCAGGGCCCAGAGCUCCCCGAGUCCACCUUGGACAGCCUGGGCAUUAACAAUGAUUUGAAAGCCAAGCUGCAGGAUGUCCUUAUCCCAGAAAGACUGCUUACCCUGGGGCACAUGCUGGGCAAAGGCGAGUUUGGCUCAGUGAGAGAAGCUUUCCUUAAAAUGGAGGACAGCUCUGUGCAGAAGGUUGCAGUGAAAGUCCUAAAAACUGAUAUCAACUCAUCCAGCGAUAUAGAGCAGUGUCUGAAAGAAGCUGCGUACAUGAAAGAUUUCCAUCACCCUAACGUCAUCCAGCUCAUCGGCAUUAGUCUCCACAGACGGGCUCAGCAGCGUUUGCCUGUCCCCAUGGUAAUUCUGCCUUUCAUGAAACACGGAGACCUGCACACGUUCCUUCUCAUGUCCCGUCUUGGCGACGAACCUUUUACGCUUUCCUUGCAAAUGCUGAUCCAGUUUAUGCUGGAUAUCGCCCGGGGGAUGGAGUACCUCAGCAGUAAGAGCAUCAUCCACAGGGACCUGGCUGCACGCAACUGCAUGCUGAACGAGAACAUGACGGUGUGUGUGGCAGACUUUGGCUUAUCCAAAAAAAUCUACAGCGGUGACUAUUACCGACAAGGAUCUGUUUCAAAGUUGCCUGUGAAGUGGAUCGCGUUGGAGAGUCUGGCUGACAAUGUUUAUACGACUCAAAGCGACGUGUGGGCAUUUGGUGUGACUAUGUGGGAGAUUAUGGCACGUGGACAGACUCCUUAUCCUGGAGUGGAAAACUCCGAAAUCUAUGAGUACCUCAUUAAGGGUGAGAGACUCAAACAGCCCCCUGACUGCCCCCCUGACAUCUAUGAGAUCAUGCACAGUUGUUGGAGCCCCGUGCCCAAAUGCCGCCCCAGUUUUCAGCAGCUCAUAGACCAGUUAGAGGGCCUAUGGGCAGGGCUGUCUCCAGCACCUCUAAAGGAGCCACUGCUCUACGUGAACUUGGAAGGGGAGGACCAGGAGCAGGAGGCCGGGCUGGGAGCGAGCGCCGGGCCCCUGGGCGGCGAGGAGACGUCUUGGGCCGUGCCUUGGCAGUGCGUGGGCAUGGAGGAAGACGAGAAAGACUGGCUGAUGGUGUCAUCUGGGGCAGCGUUGGCCAUUGGUGGGGACUACCGCUACAUCAUCGGGCCGCGCGCUGCCAUAGACGGAGAGAGCAGGCGUUCUGAAGAUGGGUUGUCAGAGGAUAUCAGGGAUGAGGAGGAGGAUGUGAUCAUAAAUGUGUAAUUUUUCUUUUUUUUUUUUUUUAAGCAUUG